AUGAUGGUCUCCGUCAUCCUCGGGGAGCUUAUAUCCCUUGUCCAUCUUGCCACGGCGCUGAGGAAUGGCCUUGCUGAGACUCCUCAAAUGGGAUGGGAUAACUGGAAUGCAUUUGGGUGCGGCCUCAGUCAGAGUUUGAUCCUCUCUACGGCCAGUACCAUCAAGAAGAGUGGCUUGAGGGACCUCGGUUAUCAUUACAUCAUUCUGGAUGAUUGUUGGUCUUCUGGCCGUGCAUCGAAUGGGGCUCUCAUCCCAGAUGCCACUAAGUUUCCCAACGGAAUGGGCUAUCUAGGCAGCCAACUUCAUGCAGAUGGCUUUGGCUUUGGGAUUUAUUCAAGCGCCGGCACAAAAACGUGUGCCGGUUACCCUGGCAGUUUAGGCUACGAAACGAUCGACGCAAACACGUGGGCGAGCUGGGGGGUAGAUUAUCUGAAAUAUGACAACUGCAACAAUAAUGGACAGGCUGGAAGUCAGGCCGCCAGUUCUGCUCGAUACAAAGUGAUGGAACAGGCGCUUGCCGCAAGUGGGCGGCCAAUUCUCUAUGCUAUUUGCAAUUGGGGUCAAGACCAACCUUGGGUCUGGGGCCCAUCUGUUGGAAAUUCUUGGCGGAUCACAGGUGAUAUUUCCGACCACUUCAAUACGGGGUAUUCAGCCUGUCCGGUUCCGAAUUCCGGUGGAUAUGACUGUUCUGUGACACAGAUUAUGUCCAUGCAAGCAACUAUCUCAGGGUACUCGGCCAAAGGCGGUUGGAACGACCUGGAUAUGCUGGAAGUCGGCAAUGGUGGAAUGACAGACUCAGAAUAUGUCGCACACUUCAGCAUGUGGUCCACCGCGAAAAGUCCAUUGAUUAUGGGUAAUGACAUGUCAAAGUUGACCGCCAGCGGCUAUUCCAUUCUGGCCAAUGCGGCCAUUAUUGCCGUUAACCAAGAUCCCCUGGGUGUGGCCGCGACAUACAGAUGGACGCGCAAUAACGUGCAGUUGUGGAGUGGUCCUCUGGUAUCUACCACUGGAAGCUCAACCAACGACGUGGUUGUCGUUCUAUUCAACAACGCAGGCUCGGCGAUAACGGCAUCUGCCAACCUGUCCGACAUCUUUGGUUCAUCGAAUGUUCCAUCGUCUCAAUUCGAAAUCAGGGACCUGUGGGCAUCGAGACUUAGUGACAGCCAAGCACAGGCAAUCAUGAAUGACGGUGCUGCCGCACAUGCAUCUUGGUUGUAUAACGCGACUGCACAAAGUUAUUCGACUGGGCUCGCUCAAGGGAAUUCUAUGCUGCUAGGAGGGAUUGUCGGGACGGUGUCUGGAGCGUCAGGAACAAUUUCUCAGUCAAUUCCCGCUACGGGAUGUCGAGUUUUCCGACUCCGUGCCAUCUCAGGCAGUUCCACCACCACAAUCACUGCCACCACCACCACUACAACCAUGUCAUCGACAACGACUUCGUCGACCCAGCCUCAACAGACAAAAUGGGGACAAUGCGGUGGCCAAGGUUGGACUGGACCGACUCAAUGUGUGUCCCCGUCAACCUGUCAAAUGCAGAACCGUAAGCAGUGGUACUCCCAGUGUCUUUGA